AUGUCUGACCUUAAGGCUUCCGUCACCGAGACCCAGAACGGCUUCCAUGUCGAGGGUUACGAGAAGAUUGAAUACGAAUUCACCUUCCUCGAUGGCAUCUUCAACACUGCCAACCCCCAGCUCUCCAAAUGCUACGAGCGUUGGGGCCGCUGCCUUGCUGUCAUGGAUUUGAACAUCUUCAACAUCUACGGCAAGCAGAUGCAGGCAUACUUCGACCACUACAACCUGCCAUUGACGAUUCACAAGACCAUGAUUGGCGAGAAGGCCAAGUCCAUGGAGACCUUGUUGAGCAUCGUCGACUCCAUGACUGAGUUCGGUAUCAUCCGCAAGGAGCCCGUUCUGACAGUGGGUGGAGGGUUGGUGACUGAUGUUGCUGGUUUCGCGUGUGCUGCAUACCGACGAACCACCAACUACAUCCGUAUCCCCACCACCGUCAUCGGCCUGAUCGACGCCAGCGUCAGCAUCAAGGUCGGUGUCAACUACGGCAACUACAAGAACAGGCUAGGUGCUUACCACGCACCUAUGCACACAUUCCUCGACUUCGGUUUCCUGAAGACUCUUCCUGAGGCACAGGUCCGAAACGGUUUCGCAGAGCUCAUCAAGAUCUCUACUUGCGGCCACAGGCCCACAUUCGACCUGUUGGACAAGUACUGCGAGCAGUUGAUCACCACACGCUUCGGUCGUGAGGGUGACAACGAGGAGGUUCGCAAGGCUGCGGAUGAAAUAAACCGCGCCGGUAUCCACGAGAUGCUUAAGCUCGAGACACCCAACCUCCACGAGAUCGGUCUUGACCGUGUUAUCGCUUAUGGACACACAUGGAGUCCUCUCCACGAGCUCUCUCCUCCUGUGCCCCUUCGUCACGGUCACGCCAUCUCUAUCGACAUGGCGUACUCUGCGACGUUGGCCAACCAGCGCGGUCUCCUGAGCGACGAGGAGCACCGACGCCUACUCAACCUCUUCUCCAGGGCAGGUCUGUCCAUGGACCACGAGAUGUUCGACGAGGAGAUGCUCGAGAAGGCUACCGCAGCCAUUCUCAAGACCCGUGACGGCAAGCUCCGUGCUGCUGUCCCCAACCCCAUCGGCACAUGUGUCUUCCUGAACGAUGUCACAGCCAAGGAGAUGAAUGAGGCUCUGCGACGACACAAGGAGAUCCUCAAGGAGUACCCAAGACAGGGUGCUGGUCUUGAGGCUUUCGUCGAUGCUAGCGACACCGGCUACACAUUGAACGAUGUACCAGUCGAGGAGGCUAUGAAGAAGGACGCGAAGGUCAUGGACGGUCUUAGCAACGGUGCCGUAAAGGACCCUGCUAAGGGCCAGGCUAACACCCUCCCUGACGGUUUGGCUGAGGUGAUGGCGAACGGUUACCCCAACGGGCAUAAGAACUAAGUUUGAGUCGCGAACUAGGAAUUAUAUGCAAGGGUAUAGAUAGUGGUUGAAGCAGGUGGAAAAAGUUCUUCAGUUGGCGGUUGUCUCCAUAUUUCUUAGAGAAAAAACGC